UGUCGAUGCUUUUUUAUCCAUUUCAAAGUUAUUUGUAGUUUUCCUGCUUUAAAGAUGAAAAUAGUAUCCUGGAAUAUAAAUGGGAUACGUGCAUCUAAAACAGACCUAAAGUCAUUAUUUAAAUCAAUCGGUGGAGAUGUUUUAUGCCUACAAGAAACAAAAGUUACCCGCGAUAUGCUAGAUGAAGCAACGGCUAUCGUCGAGGGAUACAACUCUUACUUCAGCUUCUCUAAGAAAAGAAGUGGCUAUUCAGGUGUGGCAAAUUUCUGCAGGGACCAUGUUACCCCAACUAAUGCCGAGGAAGGUCUAUCUGGGGGCUUGAGCGCAAAGGUUGAGGGCAUAAUUGGUUGCUAUGGUAAUCAUACAAGUUUCACUGAGGAUGAGCUUAAAAGCCUGGAUGCUGAGGGACGGGCUGUAAUUACCCAACACCGAAUCAGAUUUCGUGAUGGAGAAGAGAAAGACCUGGCAAUAAUCAAUGUGUACUGCCCGAGGUUCGAUCCCGACCGUGAGGACCGACACCAGUACAAGUUGAGGUUCUUCGCUCUUCUGCAGACCCGGGCAGAGGCUUUGCUGGAUAGUGGAAGGCAUGUGAUAAUUCUUGGUGAUAUCAACACAACCCACAGGCUCAUAGAUCGCUGUGACUCAGAUGAUGGUGAGUCCAACAAGCGCCCAAGCAGACUUUGGUUUAACCAGAUGAUGUGGCCUGAAGGUCGUGACCCUGACCUUGACAGCGACCUUGACCGAGAGGAAUUCAUGGCGACAACACCCUACACAGUUGGAGGCAAAUUUGUGGACACUUUUAGACAUCUUCACCCUGAUGAGGAGGGCUGUUACACCAACUGGUGUACACUGACGAAUGCUCGUUCCACAAACUAUGGGAGACGUUUGGACUACAUCCUCGCAGAUACUGAACUUACCAGGCGCUGCGUUAUUGGAGCUUCCAUUUUUGCCGAAGUCGAGGGCUCUGACCACUGUCCGAUAUCUGUCGAUCUUGAUUGUCAGGUCAUCCCUGCUAAAGCUUGUCCACAACUUUGCACAAAAUUCAUGCCUGAGUUUAGUGGGAAGCAACAGAAAUUGUCGACAUUUUUCACAAAGUUGACAAAAAGAGACGUGGAAAUGAAAAUCAAUGAAAAGUGUGAAAAUUGUUCUCAGAAUCGGGAUGAAUCUUUACCAAGGGUAAGCAGUGAGAACUUGAGUCGAGUAAAAAGUGUGAAAAGGUCCCCUGAAAAGAAACCUGGAUGUUCUCAGCCAAUGAAAAAGCAGAAGACUGCUGUUGUGAAAAAAUCGAACAGUGUCGGAAAGCAGGCUAAUUUAAUGUCAUUCUUUAAAGGGAAUGGAUCAGAUUCAAAAGACCAAGUUAAAAGUGAAGUGGCUGUAAGCAUUGGUGCAAAUGAUGUUAAAGAGAGUCAAGUAAGUUCUAAAUUGAGUGUUUUUGUCGAGGUCAAUGAAGUUGAAAAGGAGGAUACGGCAGCUACAAGUAAAUAUUUUAAUGUUAACAGUCAAACAGCCACUGAUGGUUGUGAAGGGAGUGAAGAAAAAAAGCCAGAACUGGGCACAACAUUAGUAAAGGACAAUAGCUUAUCAACAGCAAGUGCGUGGAAGAACCUUUUAGGGGGCUUGGGUCCUGCUCCACUGUGUAAGGGCCAUCAGGAGCCAUGUGUGCUGAGAAUGGUUAAAAAACCGGGGCCAAACAAGGGUCGUCAGUUUUACACUUGUGCAAGAGGGGAGGGUCUUAAAUCAAAUCCAGAGGCUAGGUGUGAAUUUUUCAAAUGGAUAGUGAAGAAAUAGACAUCUUGAUGAAUAGAAAAAACAGACAAGAUAUAUUGCAAUAUAUCACGUUAUUUUAAUAUCUGCAUUUUGAUUCUUUGUCAACUCAGUGAACUCAUUGUGAAUCUAUUUGUUUUUCCUCAAGUAUAGACUGAUCAAUUUAUUUAAAGGGUCAUUCCAUUAAGGAUUUGAAAUUGGAAGUAUGAACUUCUUUGCCAUCAUAUUUAAAUGUGGAAGUGUAGUCUCCCGAACACAAAGAAUUUUUGCACUAAUGUCCAACUAUUCCAUUAAAUAUUAAAUACUUUGUAAAUUUAAAUGGCCAACUUCACGAAAAUGUUUUCAAAUCAUUCAUUUCACUUCAAGAUUUGAUUUAUUAAAAUGUGUAAAAAAUGCCAAAAAAUAACUUUGACACUUUGAGCUUCCAAAACUUCACAUAUAGAAGCUUUUUCCUAAAUUAUAGCAGUUUUGGUACUUCAUGGACUGAAUUUUGGAAGUUUUAGCCAAUUGACUUCCAAACGUCCUUUAAUGGAAGUCCUGAAAUAAAGUAGUCUUGUAGUCUUGGACCAAUACUGCCAUGCAUUCCUCUUGUAGAUGCAUUAAAUAGUACACAAAGAAUGUAGCAUGAACUUUACAAUUUUAUUAUAUAUAGAACAUACAUUAUAUGUAUUUUGAUUCAGACUAUUUGACGUAUGUUUACGUGUUAUAAAUUUUGAAAAUGACAUAAUUACUGUU